AUGGUUGGUGCUGGGAUCAACAGGAUCUAUCCCAGCAGCUACCCGAACAGCGAGCUCGAGUUAGAGCCCAGGCGGCGGCUCUGUGGGUGGAGGUUGGCUAACAAUCUUGUGUAUCCACCAGUUGGCGGGAAGACUGGGUUGCAGCAGCAGCCUGAGGCGUUGAAGGAAUUGUUUUCUGACGAUGAUCCUUCUCAGUCUGCAUCUCGCGAGAACGAGGACUCUAAGGACCACCUUCCAUUCCUUACAAAGAUGGAAGCCUUGCAGAUGCUGAGGAAUCGGCCACGCCCCAAGAGAGGUCUUUCAGCGGAGUGUUGUCAGAAAGUGUGUUCCGUUUUAGAGCUAGUCGGCUACUGCUACUGA